CAAACUCAUCAGACAGCAAUUGGCGUCAAAGCCUUGAUCCUCCUAAUGAUAUCAGUAAUAGGUGAAGGUGAAGGUGGCCAUGGCCCUUGGUCCUUGGUAAAUGUCCUUGGUAAAUAGUACAAUUUAUUCUAUGCCUAAUGCUAGCAUUUUGUUUAUUCUGUCAGUAUGCCUAAUUUGCCAUCCUUUGUAUGUUGCAGUUAGUACGAAUAGCUUUUUAGGUGUUACAUCAAUUGUAUCACAGCUAGCCGCCAAGAAUCAUUUACUUGUGAGAAUUAUACACUUAGCCAUGCGCCAACUUUUCAUUCCCCUACAAUUUCGAGCCCUGAAGAACAUUCACUCUCUACGAUCGCGGGAAGUAGUGAGUGACGUCGCUCAUUCACUGCCAAAUUUAAAUGACAAUAUCUACAUACAGGAUGUACCUCGUUGAUGCUUCACUCACGUUUUCUCGUCUCUCACCGGUUCUUCCAUUAGCCUGAAUAAUCUCCUCAAGCUGGUUGGAACACGAACCACUUGUGUAGCUCUCAAAAGAGCAACAUGGUCAGGUUACUAUCGGUAGAAUAAUUCGGUGUAUCCUCGAGGACAGUCAUUGGCUAGCUUCAGCCCCCUAACAGGACUUUUUCCCAGUGCAUUGCAUUUGAUCCCAAGGCGGAUUCAAGUCCGACCCGGGCAAACUCAAAGGCGUCUGAAUUGUGGAAGCAGGUUUCUGACUCUUCAGUGUUUUUUUCUCCGGGUGAAUGUGAAGUGUUUUUAAGCUCCCUAUGGAGGUCGAAGAUUGUGGAGUCUAGGUUUCUAUGCUUUAAGGAUUGGAGUCCGACGGGAUGUGGACCCGGCGACAUUCCAAAUAUGCAGGCUGGGCAUUAGCUGCGGUGCCAUUGGUCGUCUUCGUCCAUUGGUACGGAUUAAUGAUAAGCUCCAAUGAAGGCCAAACAUUCGAUCCGUUCACCCGUCGAACUCGAAUCGUUGAGAUCUCUGAACCUAGUCAACCGGAACGGCUGAACCGAUCUCUUCUCCUCACCGAGAUUCUUCCGGAGGAUCUCCCCGACAACCAAGGGAUCUAUUUCUUCGAGACCAACACUGGUCGACCUUCACUGACCUCAGUGGAUGAGUGCGCCUUUGAAAGCGCCGCCCGGUUGAACCCCCAAGCUAAAAUCUUUGUCCUCGUGGACAAAAGGAACCACCACAUCGCAGCCG